CUCAACUUAAACGUUUGUAAGAUAAACUUGUAAAAUGGGGGAGUCGCAGGAUUCCUCAAAACAGAUUGAUCCUGAGCUUGAGGCGAGGUUAGAUCAAGAUUAUGUAUCUCAGCUUUUCAAUAAGAUAAACUGGGAGUCUAGGAAGAAACCAACAACUAGAAGGAAUCCAGACAGAUGGAUGCACCCUGAUGUGUACGAGAAAUCCUAUACAUAUAAAUAUUUAUGGUAUAAACUGGAACCAGAGCAAAUAGAUUUGAGUAAUCCCUUCGAUGUUGAUCCUGGAAACCCGCUGCGUCCUAAGCUGGAGAAGAAGAAGGGUCGGAAGAAAAAGGAAAUUACUCAGAUGGAUAUGAUGACCGAGGGAUUGAAGGAGGUGAAGGAGGGUGAGGAGGAGAAGGAGGAUGAAGAUGAAGGAGAUUUUAUUGAUGAAUAUGGAAACAUUAAACCUGUGGGGAUCCGAACUAAUAGAAAGGUUCAUGAUACUGAGUCUGAGUCUGAUAAAACUCCAGUGAAAAAGUCGGCUAAAGCAGCUGCGGUAGAGCAAAAGGAGAUUCCUCACAAGACACGGGAAAGAACAAAUGCGCGAGCUUUCAGUCAUCAACGAAAUGCGGGAACUGAGAAACCGGUUUCCUCUGGCUGGAAUGAUCUUGACGGUGGGGCCGCCAUUGAAGGGGAACAUGUUCGUAAAAUCAAUAUUUUCUCUAAAGAAACGGAGUUUUUUGAGUUUCCACGUAUAAGUAACUUAAACUAUGAAGAACAAGACUCCUUUCUCUAUCUACAUUCUAGAUACAUGAAGGGUGAACUGCACAGUGGACAAGAGCAGAGAUAUUCAAAUCUUCUUGAGCUUGUUCAAGAGGAAAGACAGGAGUAUCUACGGUUUGCUCGGGAGAUAAGCAAAGAUAGAAGUUCAAGAUAUAAUUAUAUUGCUCCAGAUCUGGAUAAAUAUGCUUCAGAACACAGAGGGUUUAGGAUAUCUAGGGUCGCUGUAUUUCCAAGGGAGUGGACUAAGUUUAAAGACAUAAGAUUAAGCUGUGCUAGAAAGGAGCAGGGUGGAAUGAAUCACUACGCCAUGAAACCAGCAGAGACCUUGCUAGAGCUCGGUACUAUUCCAAAAGCAACAGUUCCUAAACCUAAAAAUGAGAUCCAGAUCCCAAAAUCCUACCAAAGGAUCGUGAACAAGUAUCCUACAGAUCCUGCAAUUAUACCGGGAUCUCAGGGAUUUAAUCGCGGAGACGCAAGAAAGUUCCGUAAGACAGGUCAGGAACCGGUUUUACCUCCUGGUCUCCGGUACACAAAGGGGAAAUAUCUUCAUAAAACCUGCAUCCUUCAGGAUCCUAAUGCGCGUAAGUUAGCCGGGCACUGUUUACCAGACGUAAUUAUUUCGGCAUCUGCGCUCAAAUGCAUCAUGGACAACUUCUUCCCAACCCUUGACAGAAAUUGGGAAAUCCCUGUCGAGAUUCAAACAUUCGACCAAGUUGUAGAUGGGAAGAUAAAGAAUAGGAAAACCGUUGUUUAUAUAGGGAAACCGUUUCUGGCCAAGCAAGUUACUGCUGUGGAUAAGAAUAAGAUUGCACUCAAGAAUUCAAUCAAGACAAUGAUGCUUCAUGAUUGGAAGGAAGGAAAGCAUGUCACUGACAUAGAGAAGAUUGUUCCAGUUCAUGACGUAGGCGAUAUCUUCGGAGAUGCCAGUAGGAUAGACGAUUUAGAGACUUUUGGUGAAACUAUGGCAAUGAUUGGUUCGGUUAGGGAUACUAACAUCGAGAUGGAUGGAAAACUCCGAGAGGGUUUGAUUGAGGAAACUAACAUGGAGACGGAUGAAAAACUCCGAGAGGGUUCGGAUUCGGAAGAUAUUGGAGAUUUAAUUAUUCAGACGGACGGAGGGUAUCCUGAGAGCUUGGGUUCCCUGAGCGGGACUGACGAGUUCAACAGCCGGGAGGUUGAGGAGACGGAUGACGUAAUUGAACUUGAUGAGGAGCUGGAGAACCUUCUGAAUGAGGAUACAGAGAACCCCGAGAACAUCAAGGAUAUUUUUCAAUUUAUCCAAGGAUUUAAUAACGGGUAUCUGGACGCUUCUCUGGGUCAGCUGGACGGAGGGUUGAGUAGUGAAAGUGAGAAGGAGGAGGAUCUGAUAAUUGAUCUGAACCUGUCCUCAUCAACCCAGGAACCUGUUGCUGAGAGGAGUACAAGGUUUAAGGGACUUAAGAGAGUUCCAGUCUUCAAUGGUCAAGCGAAUUUGCCUGAAAAGGUAAAAUCUAGUUUAAGCUCCGUAAGUUCUACCGCCUCGACAACCCCGGGUUCAAAGUUGAAACAAAACGAAGAUUCUUCAUCUAGUUCAGAAGAAGAGAUGGCCAAUGAGGAUUUAUUGUCUAAAAAACUAAGUAUUCAAGGGAAUGCUAAAGAGGAUGAGAGUUCCACCAGCUCAGAAGAAGAAAUUGACGAGGAUUUGAUUGAGCGAAAAAUGAGACUUAUCCACGGUGACAAUGAGUCCCCAAAUCCACUAUCAGCGUCAAAAUCUGCCAAAUCGUCAGGAGAUGACAGCUCCAGCAGUUCAGAGGAGGAUCUGGACGCAGAUCUUGUAGAAAAGAAACUCCAACUUCUCCAGGGUAAAAUAGAACCUGAUGUAUCGCAGACCAACCCUAAAUCCAACAAUGAGGAUGAGGAACCUAGCUCAAUGAAAAACCUAGAAAAGUAUAAGCUUUUGAAAGGUGGACCAUCUAUCCCUAGACUGUCUCCGGAUCUUGUACACCAGAAGCUAAACCAAACACAGAAUAAAGGAAAGCUUGAAGCUGGAAAGGAUACGCCUGAAGUCUUGAAAUCUGAGUCUAGUGACUCUGAAGUUGAAGGAGAAGAUCUGAUGUUGCAGAAAAUGGCCGCUUUACAGAAAGUAAAUCUAAGUUCUCAGGAGUUGUUUGGAAGUGGGAGUGAGGGAAGCGAUAAAGAAGAGGAAGUAGAGGAGGAAGAUCAAGAGGAUAUUGAAUAUGUUUCUUCCAAGAAAAAAGUUCGUCCAAUCUCUAGUAGUGGAUCGGAGGAGGAAUCAGUCAUCACUUCCUCCGGAGAAGAAAUCCUGAAGAAGAAACUGGAAUCUCUAGGAAGGGGGAUGGCUACAGUCUCAAGAGUGAAGAGAAAGAUAGUUGCUGAAGAGAGAUUAAAGAAACUGGUUGAUAAAGAAGCAGAGAAAAUAGAUCUUCAAAAUAAAAACCGGGAGAGACGAGCCUCUAAGAGAAAGAUGGCAACCGACCUAGAGAAAGAAACAAAGAAGAAAGUACCUGAAAUUCUUAAAACUACAGACAUCAAGAUCACUCCAGUAGAAACAGAGAAACCAAAUAAAGUUGAAAAGCUCAAGAAUGUUCUAAAACUUGAAUCACCCAUGGAGAAGACGACUUUCAAGCGUCCUGUCAGAAAAGCUAAGCCAGAUAAAUCAACCCUGCCGGUUGAGGAUUCUAUAUCCAACCCAUCCAGUCCCAAUAAAAUUGGUUCAGCGCCUAUUUCGACUAUUCCUACUCCAACUAGUCCUAUUCCAUAUAGUCCUACUCCAACUAGUCCUUCUCCUUAUAGUCCUGUUCAAACCAGUUCAGGUCCAUAUAGUCCUCCUCUUCCUACUCUUGGUCCUCCUAUUCUAGCUUCAUCCCAUCUUCUAGAACCUUCCACAGUUUCUUCAGCUAAGAGCAAGCAGAAGAAGACUGAAAACAUGUGGAAGGUUGCAGAAGCAGAUGUAGUUACUCCUGUAGUGAAUGAAAAGAAUGAUAACUCCUUCCAAGAUAUGCUGGAGAAGAUGAAGAACGUGCAGAAGAAGAGAAAGGAAAUCGAAGAUAAAGAGAAGCCAUCUUCCACUAAUAAACAAAAAUUUAAUUCUGGGAAGUCAGGAUUUGAUUCAUCUCAUGGAGUUGGUUCUACAGCUGGAUUUCUCGAUAAUCUAAUGAGUGGUCAGAGUAAACUGUUGAUAAAGGAGAUGGAGGAGAGAAGAGAGAAUCUCAAGAUGGAAUAUAACGGAGAGAUGCUAAACAAUAUAUUGCCAGGGUUGGGAAGGAUUGAAGAGUAUCUACCUCCUCCCCCAGGAGAGAAUGUCUCCUACAGGGUCUGGAAUCUAUGGUGUAAAGAGAAUCCUGCUUCAAAUCUGAGAAUGAUUGUCAGAUCAAAGGUUGCUGGUUUCAGUCCCGAGUUUGGUUGCAUAGUUCCCAGUGUUAAACUUGAAUAUCAGUCCAAGCUUGGAGCUGAAGUGUGCAGUGUAUCCCACUAUGCACGAGAAUGGAUUGAUAACAUUAUCAGACCUCAAGCAACUACAAUCAGAACAAGAAUCAAUCCCGAAACUGGAGACGUACUAAUGAUUCAACCCCUCAGUUUGAAGCAGCUGACUGAAGAGGGAAGGUUGGAGCAGGUUGGAGAGGAUGGAAGGGUGGAAAAGUUUGACCCCGCCCUCCAGCUGGGAAACCUUCAUAAUAUUGUGUCCGAGCUGCGGAGUCAACCUGCCGGAAACUAUAUUCUCUCUCAUGAUGCCAAAUCUGGAGCUUUUUGCAGACUCCUAAAACCAGCUCAAGGAGGAGAAUACAAGAUAGGAUCUGUAUAUGAAGGAUUAAAGGGGGAGGAUACUGCUCCUGUAUCUGGGGAUCCUUGGAUACCUGUAGACAUUAAUCUAGUCACACCCUGGCAUUUAACACACAAACGAGUGCCAGGAACCUUUGAACCCUGUGGCAAGAAACCAGAACCUAAACACGUUGGAUACGGCAGAGGGAAAAGAAACAGGGGUAGGGGGCGGGGCUGGAGCUCAGACAGGGGCGGAGGAAAUGAUGAUAGGAAGGGAGGCGGGGGUAGAGGAGGACGAGGCGGCGGCGGUGGAAGGGGAAGAGGAGGAAAUCAGAAGAGAGGAAAUAGGAAUUGAGAACUUUUGAGUAUCUACUUCCCAGUUUCUGUUUAUUUACACAUGAAAUUAUUUAUGCAAAUAAUUUCAAAUGGAACUUGUUGAUUUUUUUUUGCCACUGUGAUAUUCUGAAAUAAAGUAAAAAGAGAA